AGCACUUUAGGCCCGAAAGCUUGGCUUUUCUGCCUCACAACAUAGAUAGGUCCCUGUUCAAGACCUCCAAGUUCCUUUCCUUUACACGUUACGAAGCACAUCAAUAACCAACAAUACAUCGACAACUAUCACUAAGCUGCAUCCAUCUGUAGUCCCUGCGGCAUACUGGCAGAUAUGGACGGAUGUUUGCCUCGUCCGGACGACCCGAACGACCCGAAAUGGCGUUGGCCGUGGUGGAAAUUCAGAUUGCCGCCCGACGCGCUAUUCACGACGCUUCACGACCGCUUCAACACUAGAAGCUGCCCAAUCCAGGAACCCUACGCAUUCCUUCUCGACGUCCGCGAAUGUGCCGACCAGUCGGCUGGAGUAGAUGAAUUUUACACCAAGCUUGCCGAGCGGAGGGAUCAGCGGAGAAGCGAGCUCGAGCGCGCCUGGGACGAGACGAAGCGUAGGAUGGAGGAAUUUCUCCGCGAUGAGCCGAUAUGUGGCUUUCGCGACUGCAAAAGCCGCGAUGAAGACUGGUUCGAUGAACACAGCCAAAACGACACGAGAGCAGACCGGUGGAUCAACUUUUGCCGUUCGUGCAGCCAUAUGUCGUUCGACCGCCUGGUAUCCUUCUUCGACGGCUUUGUACGGGACAAACGGAAAGACGUGGAAGAAAGGGUCCGUGAAUUCUAUACAUGUCUGGGAAGCCAUCGUCGACGCAAACUCGCCCCGGACUAUUCCAACCCUCUUGUUCCGCCCAGAAGCACCAGGACAGAUACCAUGAAGAAGGAUCCAGCUGAAGCUAGUGACUCUGCCGAGAAUCCGCCGCAUCUAUGCCCGCCGCUCUCGGCGUCUUCGAGCACCCCUCCCAAGCAGACACCCAUACAGAACGAGAGAGCGGAAGACGGGCAAACACAAGCCUCCGCCAUCCCACGCAGCAGCGGGAAGAGGAGCCGUAGUGGCUUGGGCGCAGAAGAGAACAAGGAGGAAGCUGACGCCGAAUCCGGCCAUGUACCCCCGCCCAAGCGACGACGCAGGUCGCCCCCCCCCCCCCGACGGCGACCACUCCGCCACCGACGACUCAUCAACGCACACGCCUACACAUUUGCAGACGCCUCCAUCAUCGCUGUCACAUACACCAAUACCGACAUCCUCAGUAGAGUACAGCGGUCGUCUUGCUCCAGCUCAGCACACCACCUCGGAGGGGGAGAAUCCUCUGCCGAGCACCCGCCCCACCUCGCCAGCAGGGAUUGGGGAGAAUAGCCUUGACCCUGUUUUGGGCUUCCUAGUCGCUAACGGUUUGCCUGCGGAAAGCAUAGGUGGUACAGGGAGUAGUAAGGGGAGACCUGAUAGGAGCAAACAGGAUAAGGAAGAGGUUCAUGUGAGCAAGUAGGGGGCGCAAAGGGUCUGAUCGUAGACAGUGUUAUGCUAUUCUUUAUAGUUAAAGGAUCGACAAUGUAUCGCUUUGAAGCAAUGAAGGGAAGGGGGCUUGAGGAAUGAUGGAGUCUAGGUUUGACACGAGUGAUGAUGCUGGCAAUCAAUUUUGUGAUAGUGGAUGAUCGCGAGAACUGAGAACUUAUGGAAUAGGUGAACGCCCUGCAACUUGCUCCGCAUGUUGUCACUGUGCGG